CCAUUGAGUACAUCUAUUACAUCAUAAUUUAAAAAAAAAAAUUCAUUGAUAAAUUGGUGGCUUGAAAUAUAUUUUAGCUUUGUGGUUAAUGCGUAUCCGUCAAUCAUGGGAAAUUCAUAAACAAAUGAUUGAGAAAAGAUAUUUUCUUUUACAGACCUCCCCUGGACUGUUCUUUCUAGUUUUCAGAAAUAUUCUUGAGAGCUGUCGUUGAUUGUUGUUGAUAGUUGUGAUUGCUUUAUUUUUUGGCCGCCCAUAAGAAUUGAUUCUCUCAAUGUUUUAAAUCUCAGAGCCUCCCCUCUCUCAUAUCUGGGUGGGUCUGGAAUGGAUGAUUGUGCUCUUCCCCGCUUGGAUUCUCUACGCUCUUGAAAAAGAUUUCCUGCUUUUUUUGUCCUUGUCUUUAUUACCCUCUCCUUUUGAUGGAUGCCUCCACUUUUUGAGUUUCUACGUGGUUUCAGACUCCAAUAUAUAGCUGGUGUACACACUACACUUUAAUUACUACGGAAAGAUAUGCAUAUUCACCUGUUUUAUUCCUUCUCCACACUAUAAAUAGACAAUUAUCUUUCUGGGUUUUCUCAUUGCGGCAGCUCCUCUUCAGCCAUUCACUGAACAUAGGUGGGGCGUUUAGUUGCACCGCCAAAAUGAGCUACCAACAACAUCCUUCUAUGGGUUCUGGUAGUAGAACUGCCAGAAGAACUUUUGAGUUUGGGAGGACUUACGUGGUGAGGCCUAAAGGGAAACAUCAAGCCACUAUAGUCUGGUUACAUGGUCUUGGUGACAACGGUUCAAGUUGGUCCCAGCUCCUGGAAGGCCUUCCUCUUCCAAAUAUUAAAUGGAUUUGUCCAACUGCUCCUACACGUCCUGUGGCACUUUUCGGUGGAUUUCCUUGCACUGCAUGGUUUGAUGUGGGUGAGAUUUCAGAAAAUAGUCCAGAUGAUUGGGAGGGUUUAGAUGCCUCAGCAGCACAUAUUGCAAAUUUACUGUCAACAGAGCCCACUGAUGUUAAAGUUGGCAUUGGAGGCUUCAGUAUGGGUGCUGCAACAGCACUGUACUCUGCAACUUGUGCUGCACUGGGACGACAUGGAAAUGGCAGUAUGUACCCUAUCGACCUCAGAGCAGUGGUUGGACUAAGUGGCUGGCUUCCAGGUUCAAGGGGCUUAAGGAACAAAAUAGAAGGAUCACAUGAGGCUGCAAGGCGUGCUGCAUCCUUGCCCAUUUUGCUUUGUCAUGGAACAAAUGAUGAUGUAGCCCCCUAUAACUAUGGAGAGAAAUCUGCCCACGUCUUAAAUUCAGCUGGUUUUCGACAUCUCACAUUCAAACCAUAUGAUGGGCUUGGGCAUUACACAGUUCCUAAAGAAAUGGAUGAGGUUCGCAAUUGGCUCACAGCAAAACUGAACCUUGAGGGAUCACGCUCAUAGUUGAAGCACAGAAUCAACUUCUAGUCAGAGCUAGUGAUGAGGAAGAACAGGGAGCAAUAAGAGAAGGGAAAGAAACGGAUUUGUAUAAGUAGGUAGUAAAUAGAAUGGGUAUAUGGUAUAGAUAAAUUAACUACUAAUUCCCUCUAGUCUUCUUUCCUGUCCCCAGAAAAUAAAGCUUUGGAUGUGUAUUUUCUUUUGGCUUGUAGAAUUUAGCAGUAAUGGGUGUAGUCAAUAUUCUGCUCAGAGAACAUUUUGUUUACUUGAAUCUAAUUUCAGUCUAGUAGUUUGGCUCUC